UGUAUGAAAAGGUUCCUGAAACCUGUGAACGUUGUGGUGUCUGCUUCCACACAUUUCGUAAACAGCACAUGUAUGUUUCCGUUUAUUAGCAUUGAUAUAAAUAGGAACACAAAGGAAAUCCCCACAUUAUCUGUAUGUGUACUGAUGAUUGUGAACUAAUUGGUUUUGACAAGUCUUCAUUUCUAAUCCCUCACCAUGUGAUCCAUCGCAGCCAGUGUCUUAUCCUCACUUUCAGCAGGGAUUUGUAACAAUAGAGAGCCAAAUAACCGUUCAGCCUGUAUGGACUUUGAUGCCAUAUUGAUACAUUUUAUUUUUGCUGAUUAGCACGAAAUUACGGGCAGUCAUUCAGUCUGCUGUUUGCUCACUUUUUUGGAUUUUGUACUGUAGACGGGGAAGUUAGAAAGAGAGUAAACCAGGUUAAACAAGUGCAUGUAAUGUAAAAAAUAUCUUUUCUGUGCUGGGGAAGCUGAAGAAAAUCUUCCCAUCAUGGGUCAGCGCUUGAGUGAAGACAGUGACCCAGACAAGGAAAUCGAUGUGGCAGAGCUGCAGGAGUGGUACAAAAAAUUUGUUGUGGAAUGCCCAAGUGGAACUUUGUUCAUGCACGAAUUCAAGAGCUUUUUCGGAGUUACUGAUAACAAGGAGGCUGCAGAUUAUAUUGAAAACAUGUUUCGAGCCUUUGACAAGAAUGGCGACAACACCAUUGAUUUUCUGGAGUAUGUGGCAGCUUUGAACUUAGUUCUCAGGGGAAAAUUGGAGCAUAAGCUUAAAUGGACAUUCAAAAUGUAUGAUAAAGAUGGAAGCGGAUGCAUCGAUAAGACAGAACUUCUUGAAAUAGUUGAGUCUAUUUAUCGGCUGAAGAAAGCCUGCCAUGGAGAGCUGGAUGAAGAAUGCAAUCUGCUUACCCCAGACCAAGUGGUUGACCGGAUAUUUGAGCUGGUUGAUGAAAAUGGAGAUGGGGAGCUAUCACUGGAUGAGUUUAUCGAUGGAGCACGGAGGGACAAGUGGGUGAUGAAGAUGCUGCAGAUGGAUGUCAAUCCCGGGGACUGGAUAAAUGAACGGAGACGCAGCGCUGACUUCUAAGGCUGGAACCUGGACUGUCAGUCUGUCAGACACACCUAAUGUGUGACCAUUCACAUUGUGAUUUUGUACAUAUUUGUGUAUGAGUCAUUCUGGCACUGCAAUUGAAGAAUUUCAAGAAUUAGAUGUUGAUUCCCAAAAAAAUGCUAUUUUGCUUCUAAAGGGGCCGUGUGUUCAGAGAAGUUACACUUUUAAUCAAGUUAUGAAACAACAGUAGUCUGAUCUUAUCUGCUGAUAUCUGUGACAAUGUAGGAUUGUGGAUCUAUUUGCGUUUUACAUAUGCUGCAAUGAUAAGGUGUGUACAGUAUUUUCUUUUGUGUAUGUCAUAAAUUAUUCAUAAAAGUUACACAAUAAACAAACUUAAACAUA